UGCCAGAAGAUUUCAGUUUGUCACUAUCCGUCUUAACUAGACAAGGGGUCAUUGAAGCUAUCCGUCUUAACUAGACAAGUGGUCAUUGAAGCAAAUCAAUCGUAGAUUGUUUGAUUCAAUACAUAUCUGGUCAUCGUUGGCCUGUCAUCAGACUUGCUGGUAUAAAGUGAGUUUAGAAGUCAUCUGUAAAUAAAUUUGAAAGUUAUUCUUUAGUUUUUGAAAACCAUUUACGGAGAAUAACAUGAAAUUACGCAAAAAUGGCUACACCACUCAAUCACCAAGAUUCGAACGGCUUGGUCAACCGCACACGCGGCAUCAUUACUUGCAAUGACUUCGGAAGGGAUAACCGCCUUGCGGCUAGAAUGCAACCGAAUAAACGACUAGUUCAAUCAUUUGGGAUUCAGAACUCAUUCACAACAGAUGAUCCUAAGAUUUACAGCGAGUUUAAAAGGUCGGCAGUUAAAGUGAUGAAGAAGUACGACUGGCAAGACAUGGGCCAAAUCCGCGAUCUUUGUCAGAGUUAUGUUGCCGCUGAGCUUCAUAAACAUGGCGAUAAGGUAUAUUUGGCAUCAUUGAUCCAGUUCUCUACCCUCAAGAUCGUAUUCCGCAUGUUUUUCGCAGACGAGACGGAUCAUAUCGAAAGCGAAUCAGCUCAAGACGCCAUCAGGCUGCUCGCCCGAAGAACCAACGAGAUAUGGAUUACAUCAAAAGAGGAAAACAACUCGGAGUGGGGGAAUGAGGUGGAGAUGUACCAGGCUCUGCGUAAAGUGCUUCAAGAUCAGGGGAAACAUGACCCCCUUAAUAAGGCAACGAAUCCCUUUAACAAAAUCCUCCCUGCUUACGAGACUAUGUGGCGAGUCGUUUUGCGCGGCUUGCUGGAGGUCAAGUUUCGCGAUGCCCCUGACCAACAAAUUUGGCUCCAAACUUUGGAGCGCAUGCGCCAAGAUCUUUCUAGAGCCGAUUUCCAGGAUCGUCGGUCUGGACAUCCAUCUGCCAAAGAUAUUGUGAAGGAAACCUUGCGGCUGUAUCCUCCUACCCGUCAUAUUUAUCGAGACUUCACCGACAUCGACGGUCAAGCAGAGGGCAAAAUGGUGGCUGACGUCGAACGAUGUCAUCAUAACAUGGCAGUCUUUUCGGAUGAUCCAUUUCGUUUUAGACCGGAGCUCUGGCAGAUGUUCAACGAAGAGGGAAAUGUGGAAAGGAAGCUCAAGAAGAUUGAAUUGGAAGCAGGAUUCAUGCCCUUUGGGGCUGGAAACUUUGAAUGUCCAGCUUCAUCGACCGGUUUUGGGUUCAGAAUGAUUGCAUUAUUAAUAGGUUCACUCGCCCAUUGUAUUGGAAACGAUUGGAACUUGGAUUGGGCUGGGGAGGAGCAACCGCCUUUGGGAGAAAAGUUGAACUCGAAAAGGGAUGCGUACCUCCAGUUGAAACUUAUCAGGAAGUCGGCUUAAGUAUGCAAUGGGAAGGUGGAUAUCCUUAUUUCCAUACUGUGGAGUGUGUAUUAGCUUGACGAGAGCGCUGGAAGUUGACGGAAGUUGGUGUUUGGGAGGAGUGAUAAAUGAUUGAGCAGGAAAAGCUAGUCAUAAUGAAUUGCCGUCCUCUAGAGCCAGUCUUUAAAUUCAUGCUUAUUGUACCAUA